GCGGCCCUGCGGCACAGAGAGCUUACGGAUCAGCGAAAGGGACCCAUCCUCGCUCCUCAUGACAGCCAUGAAGAGAAGCACCUUCCUCAUCCUCUCCAUCACAGGGGUCUACAGCGCCGUUCUCCACGCAGCAGCAUGGUCUGUGAAUAACUUUCUGAUGACUGGACCUAAGGCUUACCUGACGUACUCCAGCAGCGUGGCGGCCGGGGCGCACAGCGGCAUGGAGGAGUGCAAGUUCCAGUUUGGAUGGGAGCGCUGGAACUGCCCCGAGAGUGCCCUGCAGCUCUCCACCCACAACCGGCUCCGCAGCGCUACCCGGGAAACAUCCUUUGUACAUGCCAUCAGCUCGGCCGGCGUCAUGUACACCCUCACCAGGAACUGCAGCAUGGGAGACUUCGAGAGCUGCGGCUGCGACGACUCCAGGAACGGCCGUGUCGGUGAGCUGCCGGUUCCAGACGGGCUGCCGUCCUCUCUCCGUCCCCGCACGCAGCUGCCCCAGGAUUUCAGGGCAGAACUCAGCCCAACGGGACAGUUCUGUCCCUUAGCGUGUGUCUGUCUUGCAGGUGGCCGAGGCUGGGUCUGGGGAGGAUGCAGUGACAACGUGGAGUUUGGGGAGAGAAUUUCCAAGCUCUUUGUGGAUGCUUUGGAAACAGGACAUGAUACCCGUGCACUGAUUAACCUGCACAACAAUGAAGUUGGGAGACUUGCCGUGAAAGCCACGAUGAAGCGAGCCUGCAAGUGCCACGGGGUGUCGGGCAGCUGCAGCAUCCAGACCUGCUGGCUCCAGCUCGCCGAAUUCCGUGAGAUCGGGAAUUACCUGAAGAUCAAAUACGACCAAGCCCACAAGCUGGAGAUGGACAAGAGGCGGAUGAGAGCUGGCAACAGCGCCGACAGCCGCGGGGCCACAGCAGAGACCUUCCACCAUGUCCACCCCACCGAACUCGUCUUCCUGGAGGACUCUCCCGACUACUGCACGAGGAACGCCAGCCUGGGCCACCACGGCACCGAGGGACGCGAGUGCCUGCAGACCGGCAAGAACCUCUCGCAGUGGGAGAAGAGGAGCUGCCGGCGGCUUUGCACCGAGUGCGGUCUCCGGGUGGAGGAGAGGAGGACGGAGGUGGUGUCCAGCUGCAACUGCAAGUUCCACUGGUGCUGCACCGUGCGGUGCGAGCAGUGCCGGCAGCUGGUGGCCAAGCACUUCUGCGCCCGCCGUGACACUGCUGCCACCGCCCCCAACCACAUCAGGCGGAGGAACAAGGGACAUAAGAGAUAGAGGGAGGUUUUGGUGCGCGAGGAGGACGCUUUGAUGUCCCCAUGCUCGGCAGCCUCUGGCGGAGAUGGGGUGAGAAGGAGCAUCCCUGGGGCAUCACACCAGGCGAUGAGACCUCCUGCAGAUGGAAGCUGGGGGAUUAGGAAGCACAAGGUGCAGGUACCAAGGGACCACAGUCCUUCUUGCUUCCAUGUUUUUUUCCUCAAUAUUUGCUGGUAGCUUCUUUCUUUUAAGGAGUCACUUUGUGUAUCAGACAGAGGGAAGAAUUUAAUGGUUUUGGUGGAUUCAACCCCUUAUGCCACAUCCAGUGGGUCUGCCAAGGCCAGCGGUGGGGCUCCAACCCCACGACGAGCAAGGUGGGGACAGGCAUGGUGGCCAAAAGCAGGUCCCAUGGGGCAGCUCUGUCCCAGCAGUUCAUGCACAGCAGCUGCUUGGCAGCAUUUUUAGUGGAAAACUUACGCACUUUCUAACGCAAGAAGAGGUUCUGCAGUACUGUGGUGUGUGUUAUUAUGACUGCAGCCUGAUAAGUUUACAGACGGUGUUUACAGAUUUCAUUCCCCCUCCACACCCUUUUAAAUUUUGUAUUUUGGUAUCAGAACCCCUAUUCCCAGUAGAUAGUAGCUUCGUGUAUUUGUACUAGACACAAUUAAGGAGUUUACAAUUCCUAUGCUUUUAUUUUUUUAUUUAGCAGAUAAGAAUUCAGAAUUCUUUAUGCCUAAUGUUGUUUAUAAAUAAGCUGUAUUACUGCUUAGCACAAUCUGUUUUCUCUAUAUAUUUUGAAGUUCUCUAAAGAGUGAGAUUUUGGACUGUAUUUUGCAAUAAACACCACAAUGAAAAGGACUGGCUUUUUCCUUUCUGCCUUCCUAGUAAUAUGACUUCAAGUGCAAAAUUAUCCCUUUCUGUGUAAAAUCCAUCACUUCCCAGAUUUCUCGUCAUUAACCCAAAAGCCACUGAAGCCAU